GCUUCCUCAAAAUCUCAAUCUCUCUCUCUCUCUCUCUCUCUCUCUCGAGUUUAUAAGAUUACGUUUACGUCUUUCCUCCAAAUCUCCGGCAAAACCUGUUCUCUCUCUCUCUCUGUAGCCUCUUCGUCGACUACAGAGGUUUCAUUUCCUCUCUUUCUCUGCGUUUACCUUUAAAGCUAAAGACAAGUAUAUCUUCAACGAAUCAGUUUCUGCGCUUGUUACCAUAUUCCAUCCUAAUGCUCCUAAUAUCAUUGGUAGAGCUACAUAAAAGACAUUUCUCAUAAACUUUGAGAUUCUUUUUUAAGGAGGUUGUUUGCAACUUCGUCAUGUGCACUAUUUGAGUUUGAUACACACUUUGGAAGCAGAGGGAUAAGCUCUUUCGAGGAAGAAGAUGGGAUUUGAGCUGUUGGAUUGGUACUGCAAGCCCGUGCCUAAUGGCGUGUGGUCGAAGAUGGUGGACUAUGCCUUUGGUGCAUACACGCCUUGUGCUAUUGACUCUUUCGUGCUCGGCACUUCUCAUCUGGUGCUGUUGAUUCUCUGCCUCUACCGCGUUUGGCUCACUGCAAAGGAGGACCACAGAGUGGAUAAGUUCUGCUUGAGGUCUAAAUGGUACAGCUAUUUGCUUGCUCUCUUGGCUGCUUAUAGUACUGCCGAGCCUUUGGUUAGACUGGUCAUGCGGAUCUCAAUCUUGGAUUUGGAUGGAGCUGGGUUUCCUCCCUAUGAGGCGUUCAUGUUGGCUCUUGAAGCUUUUGCUUGGGGUUCUGCUUUGGUCAUGACUGUUGUUGAAACUAAAACAUACAUCCAUGAACUUCGUUGGUAUGUCAGAUUUGCUGUCAUUUAUGCUCUUGUGGGAGACAUGGUGUUGUUAAAUCUUGUUCUCUCAGUCAAGGAGUACUAUGGCAGUUUCAAACUGUAUCUUUACAUAAGCGAGGUGGCAGUUCAGGUUGCAUUUGGAACUCUAUUGUUUGUGUAUUUCCCUAAUCUGGAUCCAUACCCUGGUUACGCACCAUUGCGGACUGAAACCUCAGAGGACUACGAGUAUGAAGAGCUUCCUGGAGGAGAACAGAUAUGUCCUGAGAGGCAUGCAAAUUUAUUUGACAGAAUCUUCUUCUCAUGGUUGAAUCCGUUGAUGACACUGGGAUCAAAACGGCCUCUUACGGAGAAGGAUGUGUGGAGUCUGGACACUUGGGAUCGUACCGAAACUCUCAUGAGGAGCUUCCAGAGGUCCUGGGAAAAGGAACUAGAAAAGCCCAAACCGUGGCUCUUGAGAGCACUGAACAACAGCCUUGGAGGAAGGUUUUGGUGGGGUGGGUUCUGGAAGAUUGGGAAUGACUGUUCACAAUUCGUGGGGCCUCUACUACUGAAUGAGCUCUUAAAGUCAAUGCAACUUAAUGAACCAGCCUGGAUAGGUUACAUCUAUGCAAUCUCAAUCUUUGUUGGUGUGGUAUUGGGGGUUCUAUGUGAAGCUCAAUAUUUCCAAAAUGUGAUGCGUGUUGGUUACCGGCUAAGGUCUGCACUGAUUGCUGCUGUGUUCCGAAAGUCGCUGAGGCUAACUAAUGAAGGCCGGAAGAAGUUUCAAACAGGAAAAAUAACAAACUUGAUGACGACUGAUGCUGAGUCGCUUCAGCAAAUUUGCCAAUCACUUCAUACCAUGUGGUCGGCACCAUUUCGUAUUAUUGUAGCACUGGUUCUCCUCUAUCAACAAUUGGGUGUUGCCUCCCUCAUUGGCGCAUUGUUUCUUGUCCUUAUGUUCCCUAUACAGACUGUUAUCAUAAGCAAAACGCAGAAGUUAACAAAAGAAGGGUUGCAGCGUACUGACAAAAGAAUUGGCCUAAUGAAUGAGAUUUUAGCUGCGAUGGAUACAGUGAAGUGCUAUGCUUGGGAAAACAGUUUUCAGUCUAAGGUUCAAACUGUUCGUGAUGAUGAACUAUCUUGGUUCCGGAAAGCACAACUUCUGUCAGCGUUCAAUAUGUUCAUACUAAACAGCAUUCCUGUUCUGGUGACUGUUGUUUCAUUUGGUGUGUUCUCAUUGCUUGGAGGAGAUCUCACACCCGCAAGAGCCUUUACUGCCCUUUCUCUAUUCUCUGUGCUUCGCUUCCCUUUAUUCAUGCUUCCUAACAUUAUCACUCAGGUGGUAAAUGCUAAUGUAUCCUUAAAGCGUUUGGAGGAGGUAUUAUCGACAGAAGAGAGAGUUCUCUUACCAAAUCCUCCCAUUGAACCUGGACAGCCAGCUAUCUCAAUAAGGAACGGAUGCUUCUCUUGGGAUUCAAAGGCGGAUAGGCCAACCUUGUCAAAUAUCAACUUGGAUGUACCUAUUGGCAGCUUAGUUGCAGUAGUGGGAAGUACUGGAGAAGGAAAAACCUCCCUGAUAUCUGCUAUGCUCGGAGAACUUCCAGCUUUAUCUGAUGCGACAGUUACUCUUAGAGGAUCAGUCGCUUAUGUUCCGCAAGUUUCAUGGAUCUUUAACGCAACAGUACGUGACAAUAUAUUGUUUGGUGCUCCUUUUGACCAAGAAAAAUAUGAAAGGGUGAUUGAUGUGACUGCACUGAGGCAUGAUCUUGAGUUACUGCCUGGUGGUGAUCUCACGGAGAUUGGAGAAAGGGGUGUUAACAUAAGUGGGGGACAAAAGCAGAGAGUUUCUAUGGCUAGGGCCGUCUACUCAAAUUCAGAAGUGGUCAUAUUAGAUGACCCGUUAAGUGCCCUUGAUGCACAUGUUGGUCAACAGGUUUUUGAGAAAUGCAUAAAAAGAGAACUAGGGAACAAAACGAGAGUUCUUGUUACAAACCAGCUCCACUUCCUAUCACAAGUGGAUAAAAUUCUACUUGUCCACGAGGGAACAGUGAAAGAGGAAGGAACAUACGAAGAACUUUCCCAAAGUGGCCCAUUGUUCAAGAGGUUAAUGGAAAACGCUGGGAAGGUUGAAGAAUAUUCGGUUGAAAAUGGAGAAGCAGAAACAGAUCAAACGUCUGUAAAACCAGUUGAGAACGGCGACACUAAUAAUGUGCAGAAGGAUGGAGUGGAGACAAAGAAACCCAAAGAAGGAGAAACCUCUGUGCUCGUUAAGCGAGAAGAACGUGAAACUGGAGUUGUGAGUUGGAAAGUUCUGAAGAGGUACCGGGAUGCACUUGGA